AUCUGAAUGAAGAUGUUCCUGAGACUCAAGUGCCAGAAAGCCAUAGGAGAUCUAUGACCUCAGGAUUCAAGACUGCAUGGAGCAGGUACAGACUGACUGCAGUGUGUGUGGUGCUGCUGUGUGUUCUUCUGCUGACCACCAUCAUGGUGCUGGCGUUAAAAUUCAACACAAUUAAUGCAAAAUACAACCAGUUACAGACCAGUUACAACACCUUAACUAUAGAGAGAAACCAGUUACAGACCAGUUACAACACCUUGACUAUAGAGAGAUCUAACUGCAUGUUGGCUACUUUACAUCUUGUUAAACAAGGAUGGAAAUUCUUCAACUUCAGUUUUUACUCCAUCUCUACUGAGAAGAAGAACUGGACUGAGAGCAGACAGGACUGCAGAGAGAGAGGAGCAGACCUGGUGAUCAUAAACAGCACAGAGGAAUGGGAGAUCAUUAAACAGCUGGGCAACUAUAAUCAGGCUUGGAUUGGUCUAAGUGACAGAGACAUAGAGGGAGAGUGGAAAUGGGUGGAUGGUACUGAACUGACCAAUGGCACUGGGUACUGGUAUGAGGGGGAACCAAAUAAUCUACAGAAUGAAGACUGUGGUGAAAUCUGUACAUUUUCACAUAAGAAGGCCUGGAAUGACAGACCGUGCUCCCAUAAAACAAAGUGGAUUUGUGAGAAAAACAUUUUUUAGUUGAAAAAUAAGAACUUAUAGAAAAAAAAAUGCUUACAAACAAAGGGGAAAUUAUGUAAAGCACAGUAAGCAGAAUCCUAUGUAAAUCAUUUGUCAAAAGCUAUUUUUAAUCAAUUUUUAUAUAAAUUUUCCUAAAAUCUGAAGAAUACACUCAUUUAUCUGACUGCAGAAUAAAAAAACUGUUAUUGUCAUUGUUGUAGUUUUUCUAGAGGUGUUUGAGUGAAUUCUAAUUUCAUAUAUGUAUAUAUUCAUAAUGUAUAAAUAUGAAAUAAAUAUAAAGACAAAUCUCCCAUUUCUGUUUAGUAAGAUAAAGCCUGAAAGCUCUCAUGCUACAAUGCUAUCUCAAUGCUUUAAUCAUCAGUUCUAAAAACAAAAAAAUAACAGGGAGAAACUGACAUAUCAAACACAAUAUGGAAAAGUUUGUUUAUUCUUGUUCAGGAAAAUUAAAUAGA